UACAAUCCAAUAACCAUGGGGGCUUAUCUGUCGCAGCCUAACACGACCAAGACCUCUUCCGAUGGCGGCAACAGCCACAUGAGCUACGGCUACUCUGCUAUGCAGGGCUGGCGUGUGUCCAUGGAGGAUGCUCACAACUGUAUCACCGAGUUUGACGAGGAUACUGCCAUGUUCGCGGUAUAUGAUGGACACGGAGGUGAAGAGGUUGCUCUUUACUGUUCAAAGUACCUUCCUGACAUCAUCAAGGAGCAGAAGACCUACAAAGAUGGCAAACUGCAAAAGGCCUUGGAAGAAGCCUUCCUGGCAAUCGACAGCAGAAUAACCACAGAGGAAGUCAUCAAGGAGCUGGUCCAGAUCGCUGGACGGCCCACCGAGGAGCCGCCUGUUCAAAAGGUGUCAGAGGAGGAUGAUUUGGAAACGGAGGAGGCCGCUUUGCUCCACGAGGAGGCGACACUGACCAUAGAGGAGCUGCUGGUUCGCUACGGCCAGAACCGCAAUGCUGUCAAACACGCUGCUGCCCUCAGUGCCGCUGCUAAGAAGGCGUCCUGCCCACACCCCGAGGCCUCAGGAGAUGGGGAAGGACAGAAGAAAGAGGGGGUGAAUGGACAAUUGGAGGAGGAGAGCAACGGGAAGGUGAAGCAGGGCGAAGGAGCGGCAUGUGCGUCCAAGCUGCGGGCCUGUCGGAGAACAGCAGCGGGUGAAGGCAGUGGUGCAGCAGCUGACGGUGGAGAUUCUGGGAGCUCCAAAGGAGAAGAAACGGCCGGUAAGGCCGGUAAAGCUGGUAAGGCCGAAGGAGAUGCAGGGCCUUCCUGCUCCUCUCUGCCCUCCAAGGCUGCAGGAGACUCAAAGUCCAGGUUCUUUGAUGACAGUGAGGAGUCUGAGGAGGGAGAGGAAGAGGAGGGCAGUGAUGAUGAGGAUGGUAGUGAAGAGGAAGAAGGUGACAGCAGCGAGAUGGAAGAAGAGGAAGAUACCGAUGAGGGUGAAGAAGACUCUGAGGAGGAAGAUGAGGAGGAAAUGUGUCUACCUGGAAUGGAUGGCAAGGAGGAGCCUGGAUCAGACAGCGGCACCACAGCUGUCGUGGCUCUGAUCCGAGGGAAGCAGCUGAUCGUGGCCAACGCUGGAGACUCGCGCUGUGUGGUUUCUGAACGGGGCAAAGCUGUCGACAUGUCUUAUGACCACAAACCAGAGGACGAGUUGGAACUGGCUCGCAUCAAAAACGCUGGAGGGAAAGUGACCAUGGAUGGGCGCGUCAACGGUGGAUUGAACUUGUCCAGAGCUAUUGGUGACCACUUCUACAAGAGGAACAAGACUCUGCCUCCAGAGGAGCAGAUGAUUUCUUCGAUGCCAGACGUCAAAGUUUUGACCCUUAAUGAGGAAAACGACUUCAUGGUCAUCGCCUGCGACGGCAUCUGGAAUGUGUUGAGCAGUCAGGAGGUGGUGGACUUCGUCAGUAAGAGGAUCAAACCAGACCAGAAUGGCAAAGCCAGACCCCUUUCAUCUAUUGUGGAAGAGCUGGUCGACCACUGUUUGGCCCCCGACACAUCUGGAGAUGGGACAGGAUGUGACAACAUGACUUGCAUCAUCAUCACCUUCCUGCCACACCCGUCAGAUGACACAAAGAAGAGGAAGCACCCGGAGGAGGCAGAAGGGACCGAGCCGGAGAAGAAUGGAAACGACAGCAAAAAGGCUAAAAGUGACUAGAGGAAAAGAGAAACUGUCCCAAGGAGAGCUGCUGGUCCCAGACUACCCCAGAUACACCAGAGACACAUUCUGUUCACAAUGUAAUCCUUACCUCACAAACAAAGUAUUCACCAUAAGACAGAAAUCACGAAUUCUUUGUGUUUGCUCAAAGAUCCGCUGAACUACGAUCAUCAGUAUAGUUCUUGUCUGUUUUAGGUGGAUUCACACUUUCACACCCCUCCAGUUGUUUCUUUUGUUUGGUCUUGUUGGAAAGAAGCUGGACUCACGUUAACUCCUUAAAUCCGGAACAGUCGGACUGAGUACUGCAAUACUUUCCAUGAAUUUAUUACGGUCUAACUUGGCAUCAUGUAAAGGAAACAUUAGAAAACAUUAUCAAUUCAGAGGAUCUUACUGUCCUUUGUCGCCUAAAUUAAGGUUCCAUCAUGUGACUGCGAAUGGGAGUAUAGUGUUGCACUGAAUGUGUUGACGUCCUCUGUGUCAUGCCACAUCCAAACUAAUAUGUUUUUUCCUUUUUUUUAAAUUUCAAGCCCCUAAAUAGAAAACUUUUGUAAACGUAAUAUGCCCAAAUUAUGUAAGAAAACUCCAGGGUUGCAUUUUGAAACUUGGAGUUAAUUAAAUGAUGGCACAGAUGAUAGCACGUUGCGUGUGCAACCUGGAGGUUUAAUACCUGUAGUUCCACCUUAUUAGUCCGCACAAAGAAAACGUUCGUCAAACUCAAACGAUGUGCUUCCUGUCGGACUGGUACAUGCAUGCUUAGUGAACAUGUUAUUAUCGACCGAGAUCAUUUGGUUCUGAGAUGAAAACAUAUUAGUGUGGAUGUACCCAGACUCCUCUCUGGUAGUUAUCUCUGGUAGAGAGGAACUGAAGGAUGUUUGGGUUCUAGUCCAGUUUCUCUACUUCAACAUUUUCACCUUUUUCUUUCCAUUAGCACACAUUGAAACGCGAGUUAUUUUGUUUUUCAGUCACAUUAUAUAUCCUGGUACUUCACCAUUUUCCUGCCUUUCUUUUGAUUCCUGCAUUGUGUCUUGUCUUGAUCAAAAAUCUGUAAAUUUCUAGACGGCGUAAAUAUUUCAUGGUUUAGGGAAGGAGUGUAUUUUCAUCUGUAAGAGAUGAUGGCAUGGAAACGGAGGCAAGCCUUUAGUGUCUCUCCAGACAGAGGUGUUGAUAGAGGCCGGGGACGAGCCCUCCACAUGCAGCUCAUCUCCAGGACUCUUACCUUUCUCCACCCAGUCCCUCUCUCUCUGUCCCCUGUUUCCCUUGUUUCACCUUUUUAAGAGUAUCUCUUGAACAUGUGUUUUAUUUAAACUGUAUUUCCACUCAAAUGUUCAUAUAUUUCCUUUUUGAUGAUUUAAUCCUUUGGCAGUUUUUAAAAACUCCUUUUUGUGAGCACACUCUGGAAAGGUCUUGACGCUGGAUUGCGGAGAGGAUGCACAAGGUUAAUUUUGAGUGGAAAUACAAUUUGAAUUUCUGAGCACCAAGACAGUGAAACUGUUAGAAGAAUUUUCUUUAUUGUCAGAAUCCUCAUUUAAAAUCAUGUUGUGUGACUAAGUUGGUUUCUAGUGUAAUGUCUCGUCACCAUGCCCUUUUUUCUGUACAUAGUUUUUUCAAUACUUGUAAUUGAAGAAAAAGAAAAUGCUUUUUCUUUGUAAUUGUGAGUCAAUGUGACAUUUUGGUGCAUACUCUUUUGACACCAGUAUGUAAGAACAUACAAUUAAAUUUUUUUAAAUAAUGCAACAA